AUGCUGCCUGAAGGCAUUGACGCCGUGACGUCUCGCGCAGCGAGGCACGAUCUAGCGAGGCGACUUAGCCACCUGGCCCGGCGGCUUACUUAUGACGGAUCCGAUGAUGUUGAUGAGAACAUGGUUGGAAGCCAACUCGAGCAGCUUGAAAAGGUCGUUGGCGGCGCUAGGAGUGCUGAGCCUAAAAGGCUUCAAUACCAAGCAAGCUUUGAUAGCCCGGGACGAAGUGACGUCGGCUCUGUGCUGGGGUCACCCGUUUCUUCUCUUUUCAGAUCGCGCUUUUCUGACUUGUCCGCAUCGCUGCAUAGAGAGCGCGAGGCCGACAAGGAACCCGAGGAUGAGGCUCCGUCAAAGAAGGGCAUGACGGGGACACAGGCGAAGAAGGUUAUUGCAGAGAUGAGCAAGCUGAAUGAGGAACUAUCGACGGUGGUGAACAAUCUUAGGGCUCGGCAAGAGGAGUCCGAGCCUUAUGACGCGGCCUGGCAGCAUUUUGCUGAGAUGAGAACCAGAGAGGAGGAGCUCCAAGAAAAUGACGGUGAGCUGCAGCAUCUGAGGAUAUGCCUGAAAGCAGUCGAGAUACAGAUGCCACCGCAUCCUGAUAAAGAACUUCAGCGGUGUAUUGCCACGUUUAAAGACGAUUACCAAGCCCUGAAACGAAAACGAGCGCAUCGGGCCAGCAUGGCCAGCGUUCGGGGCUUUGACCCCCCUCGAAUGGGGGCGCCGUUACGAUAA